AGAACCGAACGGCUGAAUCCACCUUCCAAAUCGGCAGCCACCCCAACUCUGUCUCUGUCACCUCGGUUCACCGCCACGGCGCCACCGCACACUCACCUCCGUCGCCGCGCCUUCGCCGGAUCCACCAGCUCUCCUCCGCUCGCAUCUCGCGUCUCCUCCUCCGGCCGCCUGCGUCCCUGGUGUGCUCCAUUGCUUCCCUGCCGUGAGCACUCUUCGUGGUGUGCUCUACUGCUCCACUCUCUUUCCUGCCCUGCAAAGAAGGUGAAGGAGGGUAUGAUGCUGAGAGUGGCGGUGCGAUGGAGCUGCUGGAAGCCAAUGGCUUCUCUUCCUCUCCCAACACUUCGAUUCCCUCGCCGCCCACGUCUCCUCCGCUUCCCCACCUCAAACCUCCUCUCUCCUCUGUCCGCCUCCGCGACACUUGCUCCCAGUGACUCCUCUUCCUCCUCCUUCCAUGUUGAUCUCCAACCUUAUCUCCGCUGCUCCAUGCCUCACAAGCACCUCCGAGUCGCAGUACUUCUCAGCGGCGGUGUUGACAGCAGCGUCGCCCUCCGGCUCCUCCACGCUGCCGGCCAUUCCUGCACCGCCUUCUACCUCAAGAUUUGGUUCCAAGAAGAUUUUGAGAACUUUUGGUCAGAGUGCCCCUGGGAAGAGGAUUUGAAGUAUGCCAAAGCUGUUUGUAAUCAGGUUGAGGUGCCAUUAGAAGUUGUGCAUUUGACCGAUGAAUACUGGAACAAUGUGGUUUCUUACCUCAUUGAAGAGUAUCGUUGUGGCCGAACUCCUAAUCCGGAUGUUCUCUGUAACACAAGAAUAAAAUUUGGUGCAUUUUUGGAUGCAAUAAGUGGUAUGGGAUUUGACUAUGUUGCCUCCGGACAUUAUGCAAAUGUUAUCCACCCAUGUGCAGAUCAAAUGGAGGAACCUUCUGUUCUGGAGCUGUCACAAGACAUGGUGAAAGAUCAAACGUAUUUCCUUUCACACCUCUCACAGUCCCAGCUGAAGCAACUUCUUUUUCCUCUUGGGUGUAUUUCCAAGGAUGAAGUCCGCAGGCUGGCAACAGAAUUUGAUCUUCCAAAUAAGGAUAGAAAGGAUUCACAAGGUAUAUGCUUUUUGGGCAAGAUAAGGUUCAGUGAAUUUGUUGCAAGACAUAUUGGGGAGAGGGAAGGUAUCAUACUAGAAGCUGAGACAGGAGAUUUCCUUGGCAAACAUCGGGGAUUCUGGUUUUAUACUAUUGGCCAGCGCCAGGGUUUACGUCUACCUGGGGGCCCAUGGUAUGUUGUUGAAAAGGAUAUUAAAAACAAUGUAGUCUUUGUGUCAAGAAAUUACUUUUCCUUUGACAAAAGAAGGCGCCUAUUUCGUGUAAGCUCUUUAAAAUGGUUGAGUGGGCUGCCUGCAACCCAGACAAGUCAGCUUCAAUGCAAGGUGAGACACGGUCCGGGAUUCUACGAUUGUAGUUUCGAAAUGGAAGUAGGAGAGGAUGGCCAAGAAAGCAUUGCUGUUGUCCGGUUAUCUGAAGAUGAUCAAGGCCUAGCAGCUGGGCAAUUUGCGGCCUUCUAUGAGGGAAGAAAAUGCAUAGGUUCCGGUGUGAUUUUGGAGUCAUGGGAUGAUCAAAGUUUUCCUGUAUGUGCAAAAGCUUUAGAAAUUGCAAGAAUGGAAGAUAAAUCAAAGCUAGGGAAUCCAGUCAAGAUAAAAGUUAAACCAGAAGAGGUAUUUGUUUCCACAGAGGUAGCAAGCAAAGCAUGAUAAGAGAAUAAGAAAUUCUUGAGUUGCUACCCCUAAAACAAUAAGCAGAGGGCCUUAUAUAUUCCCUUCCAAUUGGCAAUCAAAAGAAUCCAUAGAAAUGGACAUAAUUAGGGAAUAGGGAUGACUAUUUUAUGUUGCAAUGCAAAGAUAGUAGGAAAGUAAGAGCACCCAUUAUUCGGUAGUUUGUAGGUUUUUUUGUGGGGGUUUGGUGGUAGCACCAAUGUUCUGCAGUCUGUACAUAAAUACAUUAUUGACAAUAUAUAACUUAAAGAUGCUUCACAUGUAACAGAGAAAUUUAAUUAUUGUAUCAUGGAGGAAGAGAUCAAUGAAAUAUUGGUAGAAAGACAUUUAUGUAAUAAUAAAAAG